GGAGGAUCAUCUGGCCAUGGUCAACUUUAUGCAGCGCAAGUAUCUGGAGAUGUUCCAGGACAUGCGGAAGCAGGAGCGGGAUCAAUCGAGGAUGAAGAAAAAAUGCGAACUCCUGCAGCGGGAAAAAGAUCUUUUACAGCGCGAGAAAGAUCGCCUCCAGAAGAGCAGCGAUGUUCUGAUCGCUGAACGAUCUCAGCUCCUGGAGGAACGCCAAGCCGAUAAAAUGAACCUCGCCAAAUCCACUAGCUUGAACCACAAGCUAGAGGAGCUCUGUCGUCGACUCCACCGAGAUAACAGGCGGAUCAAGGCGGAGGUCCAACAGCGUACGGACCAAAUUUCUGGAUCGUUUGAAAAGGCCAUUAGCGAGUUCAAGGAUAAGAUGGAACACGAUAUUGCAGAAAGACAGCGGCUCGUGGAAGAGAAUGACUCGCUACUCCGGGACAAAUUCCAAGGAUUUUUGGAGCAGUACGACGUACGUGAAAAGCACUUCAACUCGGUGGUGAAAUCUAAGGAUCUGGAACUUCAGUUAGCACAGGCAAAACUGGAGCAACAGCAGCAGCAGAAGCGGCAAGAAACACAGAAGGUCGAACUGCUGAAAUCACAACUAAAUGCGUUCACAAAGACAGAGGCUGAGCUUCGGAAACAACUGAAUGUGUAUGUGGAAAAGUUCAAGCAGGUUGAGGAGACACUCAACAAGAGCAACUCGUUGUUCCAGACGUUCCGGAGAGAGAUGGAGGCCAUGUCAAAGAAGGGUGCGAACCUUGAAAGGGUCAACCAAACGAUCAGGGCAAAAUGCGAUACCAUGAACCGAAAUAUCCUGGAAAUGGCAGAGGAGCGCACGAAACAUCAACAAGCUUUGGAUGCUGCCAACAAGAAGCUGAUCAAACUGGAGACGCUUUGCAGGGCCCUGCAUACCGAGAGAACGAUGCUUCGCAAGAACCUGGAUCUUUAUGAAGCACGCUACCCAGACUUCUCUCUUCCAACCUCCACCACCGCUGCGACACCGGAGAACGAAGGAUGUGGGGAGGAUAAAACACCGACUGAUGAUACUCUUCCCAGGACCGAAAAAGACGGCACCAAUGAUAGUUCAUUAUCAUCACUGCGGGUCGCGAUAGGAAGCGUAACAUUGAGUCCUGCAGGUAUCACAACACUGACAGGAAAUUUAUCUGCGAUAGGCGCUACCGUUACGGGCUCAUCCUUGUCUGUGCAGAAUGGUGGUGUCAAACAGAGCAAGGUCGGCGGUCGACGGGCAUCGGUUACAUUUGGAAGGCUGCGACAGAAACAAAAGCGGCAGCACAUGCAUAUGCUACUACAACGAUGCGAGCAGUCUUCAUCCCUGGCGGAUGUUGUUACGGCCAAGCAACAGAUGGAGCGGCUGACACUGAUAGAAACACAGCGACAAGCCGAUAAAACUCGAAAGCAUGGCCAGGACGGCGAAGUCGGCAAAAGUACCUGUAACACGAGCAUGGUUCAGGAAAUCGUCGAUUACUGAGAAGUAUGACAGAUCUAGACGACGUUGAGGAGGAGGAAGAUUAGGAAGAGGAGGGCGGCAGUAAGUUGGGAGCCGAGUUCAUUUGUAUUAUCAUCGAACCAGGGCAUUAUCUUUUCCUUUGAAGACUACAUCGACCCUGGCUUUGUUAUCCCCCAGUCCGUCAAACCGUUAUGUAUCAUAGACCUUUUCAUUUGCUUCGUAUGUGUGUGUUUUUUUUUUUUUUUUUUUGCUAAAAUAAAAAAAAA